GAUACUCGGUGGUCCCGCCUCUGUGGGUGUGGCUAAUCGUGGGCGCAGACUGCAGCUGGAGCUCUUCUCGCCAUUUGGGUUUCUCCUUAACAACAAAUAACACCGCGGGUUGCAGUUUGAGCGUGUAGGAAACUUGUGGAUUAUUUCAGGAGACCCUGACCUACUUACUGCUGCUGUAUCUGGAUCAGUCUGGUUUGAUUAGUAUUUAAAGGAGCUUUUUUGGACCGUUUGGUAUUUCACAGUCUGUUUUUGAGCUAUGUCUGUGGCGGUUCUCAUGCAGCUGGCCUCGCAAGGCGGGUCGCGCGUGUGCCGCAGGAUGGUUCUAAACAGAGUCCACCUUAUUCAGGACCAGCUGAUGCGAGCACUGCACAGCCCGUCAGGCACCCGCGCCAGCAACUCACGCUUUGACCCGGACAGCAGUGGACGCCCCACCACCUGGGACUCGUUCGGCAUUUGGGACAAUCGCAUCGACGAGCCGAUUCUGCUGCCAUCCAGCAUCCGCUACGGCAAACCCAUCCCCAAAGUCAGCUUGUCCAAGGUGGGCUACGCCUCACAGAUCGGCCAGCGCAAAGAGAACGAGGACCGUUAUCAGGUCUCGCAAAUGACUGACAACAUCCUUUACUUUGCUGUGUUCGAUGGCCAUGGUGGCGCUCAGGCUGCUGACUUUUGCCAUAAGUACAUGGAGCAGCAUAUUAAAGAACUCAUGGCAAAAGAGGACAACCUAGAGGUCGUCCUGACAAAUGCGUUUCUAAACGUGGACAAAGCAUUAGAGAAGCACCUUCACUUAUGUGCAGAUGCCUCGGUGCUAAGCGCAGGCACCACGGCUACGGUGGCGCUGCUGAGAGACGGCAUCGAACUGUUGGUGGCCAGCGUGGGCGACAGUCGUGCCAUGCUCUGCCGGAAGGGCAAAGCGCUCAAACUCACUGUGGACCACACACCUGAGAGGAAGGAUGAGAAAGAGAGGAUCCGUAAGAGUGGAGGAAUGGUGACGUGGAACAGUCUGGGUCAACCUCACGUAAACGGGCGACUGGCCAUGACGCGGAGCAUCGGAGACUUCGACCUGAAAAACACAGGUGUCAUCGCCGAACCAGAGACCAAGCGGAUUUCGUUACAUCACGUACACGACGCCUUCCUCGCACUCACCACAGACGGCAUCAAUUUCAUCAUGAACAGCCAGGAGAUCUGUAACGUCAUUAGCCAGUGCAACGACCCCAAAGAGGCAGCACAGCGUCUCUCUGAACAGGUUUUGCAGUACGGCGCAGAGGACAACAGCACAAUCAUCGUGGUGCCGUUUGGCGCGUGGGGCAAAUACAAGAGCUCGGACGUCAGCUUCUCCUUCAGCCGCAGCUUUGUGUCCAGCGGCCGUUGGGCAUGAAUGACUGAAGGACAGAGAGUGAAAGAGAGAAAGUGAAAGAGGGCGGAGGAGGAGGAGGAGGAGGAGAUGGGGUGUUUGGGGGGGAAAAAAUCAGUGGACCAGGUGGGAGGAGGAUCCCAGAGUGCAAUAAGUCCAGGGUGUUAUGGGAACAGAAAGAAAAAGACUAACAUUUAACUUGACUAAAACUUUGUAUUCAGACAAAGACACGGUCGGUAAAUUUGUAGUUCUGAUGAGAGACAGUGACGCAGUUUGUGUGAACAGUACUGCAUUAGGAGUAUUCCAGUGUACAUCAGAUCUGCUUUGCUGAAUGAAAGCAGUGCUUUAGUGACCAGUAUGUGCGCCCUAAUCAGUAUUUCUGAAACUGAACAAGACCAGUGAUGCCACGUGGCCCAUCGUUUGCCAUAUGAGCGGUUGUCUAGUUUUACCUCACAAUGUUUUGAAGUGUGUAUAUUUUAUAACUGUGAAUAGACAGUAGGGUUUUUUUAAUUAUUAUUAUUAUUAUUUUCAUGCACAUUUGAUGGGUCAAGUACACUUGCACUUUGUCACGAUGAUUCUCUGUGUCUCUUGCUUCCUUGGUUUAAAGUGCUUCUUCGUCAUUUCGAUGCUUGGCUGAACCAUUUUGAUCAUCUGAAAUUAUUGGACUUGAUAAUUAAGUCAUGGCCACUAUCUCUUUCCCACGCCUUACUAAGACGUGACCAGGCGUUAUUUUUUAUAAAUAAGGUAUGUCACUAGCGCUGCUCUGUACAAACCUGUAACAACAUUCCUUUAAUAAUCAGAUAAAAAAGAGCCCAGCUAUACACUGUACUAGGAUACAUUUGCACUUUUUAGUAACCAGCUGAUUAGCAAUACAAGAGCACAGAUGCUUCUGUAUCUGCAUCACAACCAUCAAAUUCACAUAGACUGUUCUGUGAUGUUUUAUUCACAUUGAACGUUUACUGAAGUUAUUGCUGAGUGAAUAGGAACAAACAGGGUGAUGUUGCACUUAUCCAGGGGCAGCUGAUAAAUGUUUAAUCAUCUUAAAGGUGCAGACAGCUGUUUUUAAAAGUAUUUAAGAUUUGCUGCCUUUCUCCUCACAUUUCAGCAGCUGUCAGUAACGUAUCCGCUACACGCAGCUCGUAGAGUUUGGAAUGAGUGGUGAAAUGGGAAAGAUGUGCCGUGGACCAUUAAGUUUCAACCAAUGAGGACGAUGAAACAUCUUUACCUGCCAGGAAGUCUUUUAAAAAUCCCCAUCUUCCACCAGAAUUCAGACGUUUUAGCCAAGAGUUUUUUUGGGGGUGUGGUUUUGCACUGAAGGAAAUAGCUAGCUUCUGCUACCUUCUGCCAAAAUCGCACAACUUUAUCUGUUCAAAACCGUCUCACAAUGAACUUAACUUUAAGUUGAUCUGGACCACUGUUAGCACAAUGUUCAGCUCAUCUAGUGCCUUUUUGUUUCAGUGGUUAACUCUCCCCAUGUGAGCACAGUGAUUUAUAGUUUAAAACACUAAUAUAGACUCCGUAAAUAUGAACUUAUGGCUUGAGCUCAUACACAAACACAUUUGUAAGAGAACGGUCUCCAUAAGUGCAUUUGGUACAGGUUUUGUUUUUUACUGUAUGUUUUGUAUAUAAUAAUAUUUAUAUAUUUUGAUCUUCAAGAAAUCUAUAUAUACAUUCAUAUAUAUAUAUAUAUACACACACUGUUGUAUAGAUGUGAAGAUGUGUCUGGCUUUAUUAAAGUGUAUUAGACUGUAACAGUGAACCAGUUCUGGAUUGAGGACCCUCUUAUCUGUGAAGUUAUUUGACAGAUGUUUUGGUACAAAAAAAAGCUUCACUUUUUUCCCAACUGUAGUCAGUCAUUAAUUCUUUAAUGUCAGUUGCACAGAAUCUGCAUUCAAGAUUUUUUUUUUCUCCAUAAAAACAAAUAUUUAUUUUGUUGUCCAUUUUUGUUGUUUUCUUAUAUACAGGUCAUUAUGUCUAGAAAUAGAUGGUGAAUGCAACUGGAUUUGAUGUUUAAUCCAAAACUGACCAGCUACUAUCUGGCAAAACGCAGUCUGAGCUGAACAAACUGGUAGACCAUCUUUACCAGCUGGUUGGUUAUAUUUCAGCCUCCGUAUUACUUCACUAAAGUGAUUAAUAAAUGGUUUAAACUGCUCGAGUGGUGCAACAGAAAAGCGCUCAAUCUCUUGUCAUAAGUUAAAAACCAGACGAUGCCACAGCUGUCCAAGAGAGCAAAAUUGGCCAUGUGUCAAUCCCCAUGUGUCAGUCGCAAAGACUUAAGCCAAUCAUGAGCAUCUGUGAGCUCAUGUAUGCAGAAGAGGGCGGACAGCGCUUUCUUCAGAGCGUCCCACUGCCUUGUGAUGCAGCAUGAGCAGCAGUAACAGAAAGUAGGAUCAGUAACAGAAAGUUCACAAUGGUUUCCUUUCUGCAAACACUUAGCAGCUGGCACAGAUGGUCUGCCUGUGUUUUGGCAGCUGGUACCUUUUCAGACCAAGCUGGAUUUUUCAGUGUUGAAACCGGUUUGUUAUACGUCUUCCUCAUGUUUUUCACCCCGUUUUACUGUUCCUGUUUCCUCACUGAGCCCACAGUACUAAACUCUACCACUCUGUACAUUUAAUGCACAGCUUCCAGUGCUUUAAUCCAAUCAGUUUAACUGGUAGAGAGAGUGUUUAAUGUGACGGUUGCUCUACUGUUGAUUUUGUGAAGCUCUGUCCAGUUCAGUUCAUUCUUAAACCCUUUUGACAUUAACUGAUUGUAUUCGACCAGGGGAAAUGUGGUGAUUUUAAAAUUCUGCAGGAAUCAACUCAUCAUCCCUACAAGUAAUGUAUCACUCCAUCAUCAUCAUCAUCACUCCAUGCUCUCUUGAAAUAAAAUGUGAACAUAUUAAAUAAAAUGUAAGACAGUCACUGUACCUUUUACUACUUUACCAUUGCAUGACUCCAUUGCAGUUGUAUGAAUAUGUGCUCUUCACUUUCAGUUAUUGUACUGCAAAAGUGUAUUUUUGUGCAGCUUUAUUAACUUGUGAAUAAAGUUUCAGCAGAAACAGGAAUGUAACUGA